AUGGAUUUUAGACAGAAUGAGUUGAAGAAAAUGCACAUGAAAAAAAACGCACUUGAUUCUCCACCUGGCAUGAGUGUUGAGUGUUUCAAGAUUGAGGACGUCACGAGUGACUGGCCGUACGAAGUUCUGAGUGACACAAAGUUGACUUUAAAGAGUUGCUUGACUAGAAAUUUAUUUUUUUAUUUCCAAGCAACAAACCCAGAUAAUCCAAACGACUUACCAAAACCUCACUGUUCAAACGGCUCAGAGUUAACAGAAAAGGGAACCUGUGAAUCUGAGCAAUGUGAUAUAGGCUGGAAAGGUUUAGCCUACAACACAAAAGAUUGCAAAGCUGGUAACGGUGAUUGUAAUGACAUGGUGUGUAUACAGAGUAAGAUAGGCGCUAGGUUAAUCGCCGAAUGUCUUUGCAAACCCGGCUACGUCAAAAAUAAACAAUCCUUUUGUGUUGGUAAUAAAAAUUGGUUUUAUUUUUAA